AUGCCUCAUCAAAGUCAGGGAAUACAGGGAUCUGAAAGAGUUAUCCCCACGAAUGAACACUACGCUUAUUCAACCCGACCUCCUAGCCAGGAUGGGCUUUCGGCAGCGUCCUACGGUGUCUUGAAGCCCCGACAAAUCACCAUGGUUGCUAUUGGUGGGGCUAUCAAUACAGGUUUGACGAUCUGCGCAGGGAACGCAUUGUCCAAGGCCGGUCCUGCAUCGAUUUUGAUCUCCUAUACAGGUGUUGGGGUAGUUGUCUACUUGGUUCUCUGCGCUUUAGGGGAGGUGGCCUCGUGGUCUCCCGACCCAUCCAUGACGGACCAUGCUACUAGACUCUGUGAUCCUGCGCUUGGGUUCACUUUGGGAUGGAUAUACUGGUUCAAGUUCAUGGUCGUCAUCCCCAACCAGCUGGCAGCAGGAGAAUUGCUGAUAUCGUACUGGCAAGACAACGAAGCGAAAUACUCGGUUCUUUGGACCACUGCCUUUUUAGGGGUUAUCAUCGCUGCCAAUUCCAUGUGCGGUCGAUAUUUGGGAAAGUACGAAGUCAUUUUGUCUUUUUUCAAGGUCCUGGUGAUGUCAGGGCUUAUGGCUCUAUCUAUCGUCCUUGCACUCGGAGGGGGGCCAGAUCGCGAUAUGAAAGGCUUCCGCUACUGGAGAGACCCCGGAGCCUUUGCGAAUGGUACAGGAGGCGCCGUGGCAGGUACCGUUCGGGCUAUCUGCAGAACAGUCCCUUCCGCUACGCUCGCCUAUCUUGGGAGUGAGUUGAUGGGAAUGACGAUUUUGCGCACACAAAACCCCCGAAAAGCCGCAGGUCGGGCGAUCAAGGUGACUUUCUAUCGCAUCUUGGUUUUCAACAUUGUCAAUAGAACGCUCUUAGGGAUGCUCGUUCCCCACGACACCCACAUGCUGGCAUUUUCCUACAAUGCGCCCCAGCAUCGGACGGCCUCGGCUUUCGUAGCUGUUGCUCAAUCAGCCGGGCCUUCGGUAAUUCCGCACAUCCUGAACGCCUGUCUUUUACUAUUUGUGCUAUCGGCUGCAAACCAGGCUCUUCAAAUGGCAAGCGUCACACUACACGGGCUUUCUUUGGACAAGAACGCCCCUUAUUUCUUGUGCCGUACCAAUAGGCGAGGAACCCCCAUCUAUUCGUUGGGUACAUGCUCUGCUUUGGCGUGUUUGGCGUACUUGAAUAUCUCCAGUGGCUCCAAGAGACUAUUUGAAUACUCGGUCAACCUGGUUUCCAUGUUCAGUAUCCUCACAUGGGCUUCAAUCCUCGUGAUCCAUUUCUCUUUCAUCCGAGCAAGAAAGGCUCAAAAGAUCACUGAUGAGGUCUUGUCCUUCCGAGCGCCCCUUGGGCUGUUCGGGUCGUGGGUUGCACUGGUAGCAUGUGUCUUUGUCACGGUCAUACGUGGGCUCGACUUUGUCGACCCAGAAUUUUACCCCAGAGGAAUAGAUCGCAGCUUGGCAUUUGUGACCUCCUACAUAGGCAUUCCACUCUAUAUCACGCUCGUGAUUGGUUAUAAGAUUGGCACCCAAAGCAAGCAUGUACAACCACAGGAUGUUGAUAUGGGGUCCUUGACACCCAUGCCGGAGCCGCACGUCGCGGAUGGCAAUACCGUGGGACAAGAAGGAUCCGAUUCAAUCCCAUUGAACCGGACGUAA